AUGACAUCAAGCUACUUCUCAUCUUCUUCACAUGGUUCUAGCUCGUCCUGGACACCCAAGCAAAACAAGCUAUUUGAAAAGGCCUUGGCCGUAUAUGACAAAGACACCCCAGACCGCUGGCAAAAUGUGGCGAAGGCCGUAGGCGGCAAAUCUCCUGAAGAAGUAAAGAGACACUAUGAUCUUCUUGUGGAGGACCUAAUGUAUAUAGAAUCUGGCCAAGCCCCACUUCCCACCUACAAGCCCACUGGGAGCAAUGGUAGAGGAAUUGGUGAAGAGCAGAGGUAGAAUAUGUACUGGCUAAUGAAAAAUCUAAGGAUCUAGUGAAGCACUGAGACAUCAUAAAGAAAGAAAAAGCAUAUGCACAAGUAUUAAAAAAGAAGUGAAUCUAGUCUUCCUGGCUUUGGCUGUGACGUUUCUGACUUGGGCUUCUGUGUAAUUAAUAGAUCAGGGGAAAAAAUAAGCAAAAAAAGAACGAAGAGUGCAUGUGUGUGAUUCUGCUCUUCUUAAGCUUGUGUAAUCUACUAUAAUUGCGUUCAAUUUCUAAUCGUAUAAAAUAUUGUGUGAUAUGUAUAAAUUAAAUUGCAAUUUUCUGC